GGCUUCUCUAUAAAUUGAAGAGCACCAACAUAACUCUUGUGUACAUUGAAGAUAUAUAUAUUCUCAAUAUAUAUAUAUAAUUCCCUCAAACAAGGCCAGGAUAUAUAUCAGACAGUACUGCAACAUGAAGGCUUUACUUUGGUUAACAGAGGCUAUGGAGAAACAUAAGCCUUAUAUUGCAAUGAUAUUUAUACAGUUUGUGUAUGCAGGCAUGUCCUUGUUCUCCAAGGCAUCAAUGAGUUCAGGAAUGAAACAUUCUGUUUUUGUCGCUUAUCGACAAGGAUUCGCUACACUUGCCUUAGCUCCAUUUGCUUUCUUCCUCGAAAGUAAUAGGAAAGCUCCACUAUCAUGCAAUUUAGUCUGCAAGAUCUUCUUUACUUCUUUAUGUGGGCUUUCUCUGAGCAUGAAUCUCUUCUAUUUGGGAAUUAAAUACACCUCUGCAACAUUUGCUACAGCCAGCACUAACACAAUUCCUGCCAUGGUCUUUAUCAUGGCUGUUUUGUUGAGGAUGGAAAGUGUUUGCAUAAGGCAAUGGCAUGGAAUAGCCAAGGUGUUUGGUUCUGCAGUGGGACUUUCAGGGGCUAUGGUGUUUACUUUCAUAAAGGGGCCUCCUAUUUACUCAGGUAUUGAGAAGGAAGUUUCAGAGUCCACAAAGAAUACUAGUUCCAAAGAGGAUUGGAUAAAAGGAGCUCUUCUCAUGCUUGCAUCCACCUUCACAUGGUCUUUGUGGCUCAUUAUGCAGCGUCCUCUUAUGAAGCAAUAUCCAGCAAAAAUACGUCUUACAACUAUGCAAAUCUUCUUCAGCUGCAUAAUAUCUGCACUUUGGAGUGUUGCCAUGGAUAGGGACAUAUCAUUGUGGAAGCUUGGAUGGGACGUUAAUCUUAUUUCUUUGCUCUAUUGUGGUGUGAUUGUCACUGGGAUUACCUUUUGGCUACAAGUUUGGGCUGUGGAGAAGAAAGGCCCUGUAUUCACAUCCGUAUUCAGUCCAUUAGCACUUGUCUUAACCGCCAUCCUCUCAGCAAUAUUCUUCAAGGAGACCCUUCACUGGGGAAGUGCUUGUGGUGCUAUGCUGCUGGUGGGAGGGCUUUACAGUUUUUUGUGGGGGAAGAGCAAAGAAGAAAAAAGCCAGAAAAAUGAGGAGAAAUCUGAAGCCAAAGAGGAAGUAUUAGCGGAGAUGGAUAGCAUUAAUAUUCGUAAGUGACCGAUUGAUUUAUUUGAAGGGAUUUUGCAAAUUAAAAGCUACCAUAAAUAUGUGACGGUUGGGAUAUCAUAUCUUAUAAAUGUAACUGAGAACAUGAUUCACAUAAGACUCGUUGAGUCAACUUUUUUACUUUUUCAGCUCCUCAUGCAUUCUGUUUGGUCGCUGAGAAAUUUGAGGGAGAAAAGAGAUUUCAAGUCUUGUAAUUUUGUCGCUUUCUGGAAUAUGAUUAUUUUAUUCC